AUGCUUUCGAAUAUUGACGAGGAUGAGAACUUGGCACGCAUGCAGCGAGGGGAGCUAUACUACGCCUUCACGCCAAAUUUAGUUGCUGCGCGCAAAAGAUGCGGGCGAAUUGUCGGUCAAUUGAAUCGCGCAGGCGAUCUUUCCCGACGAGAGUUGGCAGAGUAUUGGAAAGGAAUUACGGACGAUCCUCGACCUCUACCGGCACCAGGUUUAACAGACGAAGAAGAGGACGCAAUUCUCCAUGAAUAUCCCUGGAUUGAACGACCUAUCAACAUUGACUACGGAACCAAUAUCAAAGUCGGCAGCAACGUGUUUAUCAACUUCAAUUGCACUUUUCUCGACACAUGCACCGUCACCAUUGGAGCGCGCACCCUCGUCGGGCCAAAUGUGUGUUUCUUCAGCGGCACGCACCCUUUAGAUCCAGAUUUGCGCAAUGGUACCAACGGACCGGAGCUAGGUGGUGAUAUCACGAUCGGUGAGGAUUGCUGGAUUGCUGGUAAUGUUAUAAUUUUGCCAGGCGUGACGAUUGGAGAUGGCUGCACGGUUGGUGCGGGUAGUGUGGUUACAAAGGAUGUUCCGGCAUGCCAUGUUGUGGCGGGGAAUCCUGCGAGGAUUCUUCGCAAGAUUGAGCGGAGUCGUCCGCCAAAGCCUCAAGGCGAUGUGCAGAGCUCAAAUGGAGUUUCAAAGGAGAGUGGUGGUAGAAUAGAUGGUUGA